CUUUAAAAGUGUUUCUUCAACCAACCUAUUUCAAACUGGAAUAUGUACCCAUAUUAUGAAUCAGACUGGAGUGUUUUGCCACCUGAGGCUAACAGAAGAUUUAACCCAGCUUUUAACAUGGCCACAAUCCGGCAGGUUGUUAAUGAGGCUAUUGAACGAGUUCGCUUGCCUACCCCAAUGCGGCUCAGGGACUUGAUCAGACAAAUAAGGGCUGCUCGCACUGCUGCAGAAGAGCGAAGUGUAGUUAACAAGGAAUGUGCCUACAUUAGAAGCACUUUUCGGGAAGAAGACUCAGUAUGGAGAUGUCGAAAUAUAGCCAAACUUCUCUAUAUUCAUAUGUUGGGGUAUCCAGCACAUUUUGGCCAAUUGGAAUGCUUAAAACUCAUAGCCAGUCCACGAUUCACUGACAAAAGGUUUGGAUAUUUAGGAGCAAUGUUACUACUAGAUGAAAGACAGGAUGUACAUUUAUUGAUCACCAAUUGUCUUAAAAAUGAUCUAAAUUCUACUACACAAUUUGUGGUAGGGCUGGCAUUAUGUACAUUGGGAGCAAUCGCUUCUCCCGAAAUGGCUAGAGAUUUGGCAGGAGAAGUAGAAAGAUUAAUGAAGUCCCCAAAUGCUUACAUUAGAAAAAAAGCCGCUCUGUGCGCUUACAGAAUCAUUAAAAGAGUACCAGAGCUUAUGGAAAUAUUUCUGCCAGCGACUAGAAGUAUGUUGUCGGAGAAAAAUCAUGGCGUUCUUAUUACGGGAGUGGCAUUAAUCACAGAAAUGUGUGAAAAUAGUCCAGAUACUUUAAACCAUUUCAAAAAAAUUGUCCCAAACUUGGUGAGGAUAUUGAAAAAUUUAAUUCUAGCCGGAUAUUCUCCUGAACACGAUGUUUCUGGUGUUAGUGAUCCAUUUUUGCAGGUGAAAAUUUUAAAACUUCUUCGUAUUCUGGGAAUCAAUGAUGCUGAUACGUCAGAGGCCAUGAAUGAUAUUUUGGCUCAAGUUGCCACCAACACUGAAACCAGCAAAAAUGUUGGCAACACCAUAUUGUAUGAAACUGUCCUCUCAAUUAUGGAUAUCAAGUCUGAAGGUGGAUUAAGGGUUUUGGCUGUAAAUAUUCUAGGAAGAUUUCUGCUCAACAACGAUAAAAAUAUCCGUUAUGUGGCACUGAAUACGUUAUUAAGGACUGUACAUGUUGAUACUUCAGCUGUUCAGAGGCACAGGUCAACGAUAUUAGAAUGUUUAAAAGAUCCAGACGUCUCGAUUAGAAGAAGAGCAAUGGAGUUGUCGUUCGCUCUAGUCAAUUCCCAAAACAUUAGGACCAUGAUCAAGGAAUUAUUGUCAUUUUUGGAAAAGGCUGAUCCUGAAUUUAAGGCUCCAUGUUCCAGCAGCAUUGUUUUGGCCGCAGAACGCUAUGCGCCCAACAAACGCUGGCAUUUGGACACUUUGUUGAAAGUGCUUGUGGCGGCCGGCAACUCUGUGCGCGAUGACGUUAUAUCCUCGACUAUUCAGCUAAUAUCAGAGAGCACCAACCAUCAAUCUUAUGUGAGCUUGCAGCUUUGGAAAGCCCUAUCAGAAGAUUUGCAGAACAGACAGCCUCUGACGCAGGUGGCCGUUUGGGCGAUCGGAGAAUAUGGAGAUCAACUUUUAGAGGCUCAACCAGAUGAAGAGCACAACAUUCCACAUCCACCCACAGAGGAACAGGUUCUAGAGAUUUAUCAAAGGUUACUGUGGAGCCCGCAAAAUACGCACACAACCAAACAAUAUGCUUUGAUGUCGCUAACCAAAUUAAGUACCAGAUUCAAUCGUACAACAAAUCAAAUACACCAAAUGAUUAGUUCAUUCUGUUCGAGUUUGCACAUAGAACUACAGCAAAGAGGAGUUGAGUUUUCGCAAUUGUUUGGAAAAUAUGAACAUUUGCGACCAGCAUUGCUAGAGAGAAUGCCUCCAAUUGAAGUUAUAAGACAACCUGGAGAUUCGGAUUUCAGUAAUGGCGAUAUGGACGGCCUGGAUAUGCUGUCAGAAGAAAAUAGCCCUCAGCACGUGCCUAUGGAGUCGAACGUUUUAUUGGAUCUUCUUGGCGGCGACGUUCUCGACAUUAUUAAACCUUCGUCGUAUUCCUCCGUGGAGCCCUCGAAGCUGUCUUCUGUACCUCCAAAUAAUUCCAACAACCAGGACCUGCUGGAUCUUUUGGGAUUAGGACCAUUGAGCGACAACAGCGCUGUCAACGACACCACGAAUAAUAUGGCUGGCUUCAUCUCAGACAAUAAUAAUCUGGCAAACAAUAUGGCCCAGUCACCCUUAGCCGCUACAGUAAUCAAUAGCCCGAAUUCGAAUUUUCUCACUGAUGACCUUUUUACUAGUGCCCCAAUAGAGAGCACCGUGGUUCCAGCAAGCAAUAGUAUACCUCCUAUGACAGCAUUUGACAAAGACGGAUUGCAAAUUGUUUUUUCGUUUGAUGACGUGAGAGAACACAACGGUGCCACCGUUACAAUAAGUGUAACCUCCAGCAAUAACUCUGUGUCGCCGAUGACUGACUUCCUCUUUCAAGCAGCUGUUCCUAGGACAUUUCAAAUUCAAAUGCUUCCACCAUCUGGCACGACUUUAGACCCAAAUGGUGUGGUGACGCAGGUAUUAAAAGUGACCAAUCCGGGACAAACUGCAUUAAAAAUGAGGAUACGUAUAUCGUAUACAAUCGACGGAAACCCAGUGCAAGAACAAACAGAGGUGAACAAUUUCCCGAUCGCCCUCUGGGAAUGACUGACUCUUGUUAAGUGAUCGAAUAAUUAUUAUUCAUAUUAUUGCUUUAGAUUGUUGUUUGUGUAUAGCUGAAAUCUAUAUUUUUCUUUUGACUAUAUACCUCGAGUCAUUUCUAACCAAUUAUAGUGAAUAUUGUUCACCUAGCAAUUUUGCCGCGAAUAUAUCCCGCCCCACCUGCUGUUGUCAAGGAGUUUAAUUAAUCGAAAAUUUCAUAAGUUAUCAAGAAUUUCAAAUGGAAUCAAAACGGUUUGGGGAUAUUUCCUUACAUACAUAGACCACUCGAGGUAAAUAGGUAUUUUUAAAAAAAAUUGACAUUUUUCUGCAAAAUUUCUUUUAAAAUACACGCCGACGAAAAUUCUUUAAAAAAAAUAUUUUCAAAGAAUUUUUGACUCUGUGAAUUUUUACAAAGUUUUGCACUAGGAUGUUAAAAUGUAUGUGAUAUAACUUAUGACUAUUUGAAUUCCCAAUGCUCUAUUUUUUGCAUUGCUUGUCGUUUGUUUCAUCAGGUUAUAGGUUUUUUUAGUGAUGAAACGAUUACGAUUGCGAUAAAGAUUCAUCCUGCGAUUAUCAAGUUGUGACGAUUACCCAUAAUUGCUGAUUAUCUUAUACGAUUAUUUUUUUAAAACCUUCGUCUUACUAUGACAAAAAAAAUUACGUAGAUUCCCACGUGGGGUAUAUUUGUACCCCAUGAUAAAAAUGAUGCUUCUGAUAAUCAAACAUGUUUUUAUUUAUACCGAACAGUUAUAAUAGAUAAAAUCAAUCUAUAACAAGAGUACAGUUAGCGAAAAAAAAUAGUUAGGAAAUGGUAUUUUCGACCAUUGCGUGCCAUCUUUCGAUUCAUAAAUCAGAUUCUGCCUUCUACUUCCCGUAAACUUUCGUUCUCUUCCUGCUCAACAGAUAUUUCUUGACCAGUGAUUUCUAAAUUUUUCCAACCUGCAAAUUUCCUGCAAGGUGACUUCUUAAUACAGUAGCCACAGAUUUCCACUUGGGGUAUAUGCAGUGGCGGUUCCUCCAUAAGAGCACAUGUGCACGUGCACUCCCAAAUUAAUAUCAAACAACUUUAAAUUUAAUUUUAUCAUUCUUCAAAUUUUAACAUUCUACCUGUAAAGUAUUAAUUUAAAAAAUUAGUGGCCAAAUGCGCCAGCAAAACAAACGCAACCGGCAACGCUGGAAUCACAGCGUCCACCGCGUCGCCUGGAUCGGCCCGUUCACUGCACAUUUCAAUAUUAAAUCCAAUUGGUGGAACUAUGCCCCCCCGCACUCUUUGUUCCCCGCGAAGGUCCAGCGACGUUCGAUGUUUUAAGCUGGCUGGUGUGCACAUGUAGUCAGUGCACUUUGGGAUCGGAACCUGUUGUUUUAUAUUUAUUUCGAUUUCGAGCGCGAUUUAACUGAAAACUGUGUGUAGAAUGGCGGAUUUCUGAACCCCGAUAGCCUUAGCGUGCAAUAUUUAAAAACAAUUAAAUUUUCUUCGCUUUCUUUGGAGGAAAAAAUCCAAAUCAAAUGUGUCGGCCGUCCAAAGCCAAAUUUAAUAAUCACCAACAUAACAAAAUGCAAAAGUCGUGAUUAUAAACGAACUUUUAAAAUGGAAACUUACGAAAAAACUGACUGGUUGUGCGGUUGUGAUGUUAGUAAUAGUCUUUACUGUUUUCCCUGUUUGUUAUUUGGAAGCGAUGAAGCAUCAGAAUGGACAAAAUCCGGCGUUAAAGAUUUAGUACAUUUAUCCGAAAAAAUUAAAAAACAUCAAAACUCAAAAUCACAUCUUACUGCUAAGCUAGGAUUUAAUUUAUUGGGCAAACAAGAUAUUCGGCAGCAAUUAAAUAGUGCAUACCGAUUAAGCAUUGAGAAACAUAACGAGCAAGUAAAGAAUAAUCGGUAUGUCUUAUCUAAAAUUAUCAACUGCAUUAAAUUUUGUGGUGCUUUUGAACUUGCUCUCCGUGGACACGAUUAACAAAAAGAUUCAUUGCACCCAGGUAUAUUUAGAGGCCUCAUAAAUUUUUCUGCCGAAUUGGACUUAGCACUGAGGGAUCAUUUGCAGCAAGCCACCGUGUUUAAAGGCACGUCAAAAGACAUUCAAAAUGACUUACUGGAAUGUAUGCUUUCGGUCUGUCAAGCAAAUAUCAAAAAAGAAAUUGCUUCUUCAAAUUUUGUUUCCGUUAUGAGUGACGAAACAAGUGAUAUUUCAAAUAUUUUCCAAAUGGUUAUAGUUUACCGUUAUACUCUACCAAACGGCACACCUGUUGAACGAUUUUGGACUUUUAUAAAACCAAAUGAUCACGAUGCUGUUGCUUUAGCUGGCUGCAUAGAAGAAUCUUUAAAUUAUGUUUUAAAAAAUCCUGAUCAGUUAAUCUCCCAAAGCUAUGACGGAGCAAGUGUCAUGAGUGGCGCCCAUGGUGGUGUGCAGAAGCUUAUUAAAGAUAAAUUUAAAUAUGCCCAUUAUAUUCAUUGUUAUGCGCAUCAAUUGAAUUUAAUAAUGUCUCAGGCGACAAGCAUAAAUGCAAAUGUACGUAUAUUUUUUGCAGAUCUGAGUGACAUUACCAAUUUUUUUUCAAAUUCUCCACAAAGAGUGGCCAUAUUAGAUGAAGUGGUUGGAAAUAGGGUUCCUAGAGCAUCUACUACAAGGUGGAACUUCAAAAUCAGAACCGUUAACACUGUUUAUGAAAACAAAGAAUCACUUCUAGAGUGUAUGGAAAAAAUACAAUCUACAUCCAGACAAUCUGAUACCAUCAGAAAGGCAGGUGCACUUUUAAGGUUAUUACAUGACCGUAAAUUUGUUUUUUGGUUAACAGUGUUUCAUCGUGUAAUGCCCCACGUUGAUAUUUUAUAUUCACAGCUACAAAAAAGGGCAACUGAUUCCGUAACUGUGAAACGUAACAUUACUGAGUUUGAAAAAAAUAUCCAAAAAGAAAGAGAUAAUAUACAUACUAUUAGAGAAAUCGAGUUAGCAGAUAUUGAUGAGAGUCAAGCUAGGAAAAGAAGAAAGAUGGAUGAGAGAAAUUCCUAUGUUUCCACGACUGUACAAGCUAAAGAACUGUGUGACACCAUAAUUGCAGAAAUAAAAAAAAGGUUUUCAUUCACAGGCCAUUUGGAAAUAGCACACUUAUUUUCAGUGGAAAAUUUUGAAACGUAUUCAUCAAAUUUUCCUAUGCAACAUUUAGAUUCAGCAGUUCGAAACUUUCCAUUUUUGAAUAAAAACAAAUUAAAGACAGAAUUGGAAAUAAUAUACAGAAGAGGAGAUUUUGGAGAAGUUUCUGGAGCAGUCCACUUUCUUAAGUUUUUAAUUGAAAAUAAUUUGCAAGCAGAUUUCUCUGAAACAUUUUCAGUGCUUCAAGCGAUUAUAACAAUGCCUAUGACAACCGCAGAAGCGGAACGUUGCUUCUCCACAUUAAAACGGAUAAAAACUUUCCUUACAAGUACAAUGGCACAGGAGAGACUAACUGCCCUCGCAAUGUUAUCUAUUGAGAAACAAAUGAUUCAAGAAAUUCCAAAUUUUAACGAACUGGUAAUUGAAGAAUUUAUCUCAAAAAAGGACAGACGACUUCAUUUUCAAUACAAAACGUGUCUGUGAGAAUUGUGAGAUUGAAAACUAUAAUACAUUUAUGUAUAAAAACAAUUGUUAGACCAGGACGAUGUACUCAGCGAGGUAAGUUACUUUGUUACUUAAUUUCUAGUUUAUUGAUAUAAGAUCCUUCAAUUUCCACGAUUUGAUAGACCGAAAAAAGUAUUAAAUUGAGCUUAGUUGGUUGUUUGGUAGGGUAGAUAUGAAAUCCCUUAACAAUAUUUUUAAUUAUUGGUAGGUAAACACAUCACAUAACUCAUACGAUCACUUACAAUAAAUUAUUUUUUUAAAGGCCUAAAAUAAACACUUCUGGGCGUGGCACUCCGAAAAAUUUCGCGCCUCCGGCGGCGCCUGCGGCGGGCAUCCCCCUUUCGGCAUUUAUUAUGAAUUACAAAUUAUGUGCACCCCCAAUAUGUUAUACCACGAGCCGCCAUUGGGUAUAUGUACCCCACGCUAUGCAGAAAUUAUUGUUUCUAAAAACUAAAUAAAUGGAAAAUGUUUGAUGAUCACUGAUUAUGUUUAAAGCCCUUACUGACACAAAAUAUAAUUAGUUACAAAAAAUAUGCACUUUUCGGGAAAAUAUGCUAGAAAAAUUGUUUUCUGGGAUACAUUUGUACCCCACCCAGGAAGAUGAAGGUUAAAAUUCUUAGCUUCCAUAAAAAGAACUUGAACACUAUUAAAUUCAAGUAUUGAUGUUUAUACAUAAAUGCCAACUAAUAUUGUUUCUUUGUUUUAGUAAACAUUCAAAUUCUUAGAAGGAUUUCAACGGGCUCGGGCUGGUAAAACAUGUUUGUGGACUUUACAGUUGCUGGUACUUGUUACUCAUUUGGAGUGACUUGAGAUUUAUUGCCGCCAAUGUACCAGUCAUAUUUAUCAAAAAAUGCGUUUUAUUCUGGUCUGGAGGACGACAGCUGUUUGGACGCUUGUGCAUUGAGUGCAUUGACAUAAGAAUCAGUCUAAAGUUCACUAGUAUCGAUAACAAUCUGGCGGAAAAUCUAGUGACUUUAUUUUCGGCGUCAAUAAAUAGUUAUGGGUGGGCGUCAUACCAUACAAGUUUAGGCCACCAUAUACACAUACAUACACUGAUUAUUUCACUGUUUAUGCAAACUGCUUAGUUUUAAUAAGACGUAGUUUUUGAAAUUUGACUGAUGCAAUGACAAUGUCCGAAAUAAAAAAGAAUAUUGAGAAUCAUUGUAAUAAUCCAUGUCGUUAUAUUCACAUCUAUAUGUGCAACUGUAAAGUCCAUAAACAUGUUUUACCAGCCCGAGCCCGUUCACGCCGUUCAAAUCCUUCUACCCUUUUCAGUUCCAAGUUUGUAUCUUCCAAAUAUGCAUAGGGUAAAUGCGAAAGAUGUUCUACGAAAAUCAUCUCAAAUGCGAAACCUGUUAAUUUUUGAGAAAAAUGCAUUUCAAAUCCUUACCAAAAUUCUGCCUCUAAAUGAUUUUGCGCCUUGUAUUACUUCAUAGAACUGAAUGAUAAAGAGAAACAUGAGAAAGAAUCUAAAUUUUCAUCAUCUCGAAGUGUAUCAGAGAAACUGGAUAUAAAGAAAAUACAACAAAUGUAGAGUGAAAACUCUGGCAGUGUUAGUAGUUUUGUUUUACCCAAAAAGCCUUAAAUCGUCCACGACCUAACAGCAGAAGAAGUCAUUGGGUUCGAUGGAAUCUACCAUUGUCAUUAAUGUGUCUACACAGACCCCCAAUGAGCAACUUUUCAUGUUCACACACAGAACCAUUAAAACCUAUGACCAAUGCAUGAAAUGUGGUGAAUGUUUUAUUGUGAAACCAUCAUUGAUGAAGCAUUUACUGCACUACCAAAUUGUUACUACCAAAAAAUUAUUGCUUUGAUAAAGAGGCUGUAAAUGAGCUAGUGUUUACAGCUCCUUAUCUAGCUGAUAAUGUCUAGGUAAAUAAAUGUGGAGUAUGUUUCGAGCAAUUCAACAAUGUGGAAGAACGCAAUAAGCAUUUAUCGAUGAAAAUAUAGUUUUCGUUUCUACCUUUGUUCUUAUUUUAUUUCAACUUUUAUUCACUUGUUUAAAGGAAAUAAAGUUUUUUGGAAAUUUCGGUCAUUUAUAGUAAUCGUUCGAUAAUUUCACUGAAUAAUCGUCUGCGUAACGUAAUCGUAUAACGUUAAUCGUUUCAUCACUAGUUUUUUGUUUUUUUUUUCUAAAGUUUGAGGUACUUGGCGUGAUUGACGAUUUUAAGUUUAGGAUAGUUUUUAGUUAUACAUAUAUUAAGUUUUUUUUUAAAAUUAUGUAUAUUGCGACAUUUUUAGGGCUUUGUAUAUAUGUAAUUUUUCUCUCAAUAGCUUUGUCAAUGAAACAGCAGUUUUUAUUUGACAAUAAAGCCUAUUUUAAUUUGAUUUGAAACAGGUUAUAGGGUGCCUUCAGGUUAUGGGUUUAUUCCAUUUGUGUCUUUGGUUUUUAGUUAAUUGUUCCGUUUUUACUGAUUUUAAUUGAAAAAACGGUUAAGUACAUAGCGAGCGAUAUUGCUCCAAAUAGUGUAAAAAACCGACACUAUUGCAAUUCAGUCACUGUUUAACCCAAAGUACAAAUGCAAUCCACCUUAUAAUGAAAUACAAAGCAAUUUAGCUCCUUGGUUAUACUAGGAUGUUUGUUUUAGUUUUGUUUGCACUUUGCCAAAAACCUUUCAAGAGCAGUAAGAUUUUUGCACAGUACACUAAAUCUCGGUGACUUUAAAACGGUUUUUGUCAAGGUUGGAACAGGCCUUCAUAGGUCGUUUCUGUACUUAAUUAAUACAUUAAUGAUUAAAAUAUAUAUUUCUAUAAUAUGUAAUAAUUAACUAUUAAUAUACAUAUUUAUUCCUAACACCCUCCAACAAACCUCCCAAGACAUUUUCGUUUUUAGAACAAUAUCAGACAGAUACUGGACAUAAUCACUAAAAAUACGGAGAUAGCGAAAGAUGGUGUUUCUAUAAAAGCAAAUAAAUUUGCAAUAAAUGGAACCACAUACAAAGUUCAAUCUAAUCCACAAAUAUCAUUUUUAUGUUUGUCCACAAGAACCGCGUAUAAAACGAAAAUGUCUUGUUAAAAGUGUGUACAAUUAUAAUAGUUUGAAUAAGUUUUUACCCUGACUAAGUUUACUGGGUGAUUGUAGUUUGUAGUGAAAUUGCCUGGUAAAAUUAUCCAGCCUAAACGAUCCUUUAGAUCAGGGAAGGUACCAAUUAACAACAUCUCUAUACUAUUUUUUAUUUUUUGAUUGAAAAUAUCAAUAUUAUUACAUAUUAUUAAAUUUUAUAAUAAAAUGUGAUCCUUAAUAAUUAUUUUUAUCCUCACGCAUUGAUUAGGUAUUAUUAUUUGAUUUAAUUAAUGAUUAAUUUAUUAUAAAUUGUUAUUUGCGUCCAUAAUUGAUAAAUAAUAAAUAAUUAUUGUAAAUAUGUAGAUUAA